GAUCAGCACAGUGAAGUGGUCAAGAGGUGGAUAAACGAACUUGUGAUUGGUCAAGGCUUUUGCCCGUGGGCCGCACCUGCAAAGAGUGCAGGAAGCAUCCGGAUUGCUAGCAGCCAGGAAGCAACAGAAGAAGGGGUGCUUGGAGACCUCCUUUCAGAGGCACGCGAGCUACAAAGCAGCCAACUUGAGGGUGCUUUGGAGGUCCUUCUUUGCACUCACAAGUAUGUCACGUCGGUCAUGUGUUGCUGGGCUGUGCUUGGCUUGUCCGGUUGCCCCUGUGCUGUGUGGGUGUUUUGCUUGGUGAAGCGGUUGCAGAAGAAGACACCCCGCAAUGACACACUUUUCAACAUUUUUCAACUGCAUGCAGUCGAUGCUGAUGUAUUUUGGGAACUCGAGCAUGCCCGCACAGGGACACCUUCACAUGACUGCUCCACAGUCAGCAUGUGCAAUAAUUCUAUGUAG